CUACAUUGUUGGUGCUUGGUGUGAAUGUGAAAAAUAAAAACAAACAGUUUAAGCUUAUUUACUCUGGUUUUUCAUCCCAACUAUGGCUCGGCAAGAUAUUUUAUGUAGGAUAUGUGUAAAGGAGAAAGCACCAAUGAUACCAAUACUUGAGGAUAAUGCACUGAACAUUCAUGAAAAGUUGCUGAAAUUACUUAAAAUUAAGGUCUUUGAAAAAUCUCAAUUACCAAACCGAAUAUGCCUCGAAUGCCUGUCCAAGCUGAAUAAUUUUAAUGAAUUUUUCAUCCAGUCAAAUGAGAAUCAAGUCAUCCUACAAGUUCUUUUUAAUGAAAAGCCUGAACUUAGUGAAAUAGUUCCUCCCAAAAUGCCAAUCCCUAAGACUGAAAUCUCAACUCAAACUGAUCCAUCUGAACGAUAUUUCAUCAUAGAGGAAUUGACUUCAGAGGACAAUGAGCAGCCACAAAUUCAAAUAGUUACAGAAGACGAAAUUUCACAAGAAGCUAGAGAUGAGGAGAACUAUGAUGUGACAAUCGAGGCUGAUAAUUCAUUUGCGAUCAAAGAUGAACAACAGAUGGAUUUAGGACUUAAUGUAUCAAAAAAGCGCAACAGAUAUGACAGAUUUGACUGCUAUUUAUGCAAUCAGCAGAUGGCUGGGAAUUUUCUAUUUUUAAAGCAUUUUGCGACUAGUCAUCCAAAGCAGGAAGUUCGAUAUCAGUGCUAUGUCUGUAAAGGAUUUGUUAAAAAAUAUCGGUCGUACACAAGACAUCUAGAGAGUCACGAUGAGAAAAGAUUUGAGUGCGACGUCUGCAACCAAAAAUUCAGCCAAAAGAUCACCCUCAUUACUCAUCUUAGUUCCCAUUCUACUGUUAAAAGAUUUGAAUGCACCGAAUGCAACCUAAGUUUCAAACAAAACUCAUCAUUAUUCAAGCAUAGGAAGCAAAAGCAUACAAAUGAAGUUCCAACAUGUGAACAAUGCAAUCGAACAUUUGUGAAUAAGAUGACUUUUGAGCAGCAUUUGAAGAGCAAACACAAUCAAGAAUCUAAAGACAUUGCCUGCGAUAAUUGUAAGAAGAAGUUUGCAUCUAAAUCAGCAUUAGCUUACCAUAGGCUUUCAAAUCAUACAAAAAGUGAUCAGGACAUAAAAUGUGAAAAUUGUUUUGAGGAGUUUAAGAACAAAAUUAUCCUUGCUAGACAUAAAAAGAAAUGUGGGAAGUAAUGAUAAUAAGAAAUUGACACCAAAUUAAAGAUUCCAAGUUC